GAAAAGCAAAGAUAAAUAGAGCAAGCAUUGUUGAUUUGCUGACAUUCUUGUUUCUCGAAGAAGACUCUCAACUGAUUCAUCAAAGAUGCUUCGUUUCUUUGUCAUUCUCCUGGCGGCGGUCUGCGCCCACGCCGGCGUUAGCGACCCCAACUUUGCAGAUGGCCGUAAGGUCAUCGUUCACCUUUUCGAGUGGAAGUGGGCCGACAUCGGCAAAGAAUGUCAGGAUUUCCUUGGCCCCUAUGGCUACGCAGGCGUGCAGGUUUCCCCUCCCUCUAAACACAUAACAGCAGAUGGCUAUCCUUGGUGGCAACGCUACCAGCCCGUGAGCUACAGUCUUGAUGGGAGUCGGAGCGGUUCGGAGUCCGAGUUCAAAGAUAUGGUGGAUAAAUGUAACAACGUUGGGGUUCGAAUCUACGUUGACGCCGUCAUUAACCACAUGGCCGCUGAUGAUAGUUACACAUUCCCAGACGUGCCUUACUAUCCUGGAAACUUCAACGUACCGAAUGGAAGAUGUUCUUCGAACAGCGGAGGGAUCGAUGACUACUCUAACCCGGAUGAAGUCCGCUACUGUAACCUGGUAGGACUCGACGACAUUGAUUUCAGUUCCGGUCUCUCUAGUACUAAACUGGUCCAGGACUACCUCAACAAGCUCCUGGGUUAUGGCGUGGCUGGGUUCAGGAUUGACGCGGCCAAGCACAUGGAUCCAACAGAAAUUGAAAACAUAGCCAAUGGUUUGCAGAAUGUCUUCGGUGGUCGUCCCUACAUCUAUCAGGAAGUCAUAGACCAGGGUGGUGAACCGAUAAAGGCAGCACAUUACACACACCUCGGCGAUGUCACCGAGUUCCGUUACUGCACGGAAAUCGCGAGAGUGGGUCGAGGAGAAGUUGACCUCGGAUAUCUGUACAAUUUCGGAGAGAGCUGGGGCAUGCUUCCAUCAUCCCAAGCUGUGGUCUUCGUUGAUAACCAUGACAACCAGAGAGGUCAUGGCGGUGCCGGUAGUGUCGUGACCUACACGGAAUCAGCCGCUUACAAGAAGGCAACCGCAUUUGCUCUUGCCUGGGACUAUGGUACUACAAGGAUCAUGAGCUCCUACAAGUUCAGUAACACCGACCAAGGGCCUCCCGGCAGUAACGGUGUCACGUCGUCUCCGGAAUUCAACUCCGACUCCUCUUGCAAGGGUGACUGGGUCUGCGAACAUCGAUGGAGACAGAUCCGAAAUAUGGUUUGUUUCCGCAACGCCGCCGGCACCGCUCCCGUCGACAACUGGACCACGAGACUCAGCAAUCUCAUCUCUUUCUCCCGUGGCAGUAAGGCUUUCUUCGCGAUCAGCAACGAAAUGUCGGACAAUUGCCCCUGGCUUCAGACUGGCCUUUCCGGUGGUACCUACUGCGAUCUGAUCAGCGGUGACCCAACCGACAGUGGUUGUACUGGAAAGGAGAUCGAGGUCGAAAGCGAUGGCGCUGCUCAGAUCUGCCUCGAAGCUGGUGAAGACUCCAUGGUAGCUCUCACCUACAAGGCCAAAUCUGGGAGCGGUGCUGGUUGUAAGUGGUAGACUGGCCAAGGGGUGUUUCACAAAGAUCCUAAGUUGAACUAAACUCUAAGUUGGAUUUGAA